AUAGCAUUUUUGGACUUAAAAUUGUUCGUAACGGUCGACCGUUGGGUUUGAACGGUCGUCCGUUCCAUUGGAAAGUGCAGGAAGAUGAAGGGGUUACUAUUCAUCAUCUUCAACCUCUAACCCAUUUUUCUCAAGUUCCAUUUUUGGUCACCAAACUUCAAUUAAACUAUAUAGAAAUGUUCUCCAAGGUUCGUAGAUCAUUUUAGAGGCAUCAAUUCGAAGUUUUAACAACAAAUUCAAGAAGCUUGCUUCUCAUUCUUCUCGCCCUCUCCCUCUCCCUCUCCCUGCUUCUUGUUAACGAUAUCCAGAUCCAACUUCCUACUAUUUCGGAGAAAGAUUUCUGAAUAAUGGCUCACCUUCCGUCGAAACAUGCUUUGUCUUCCUUAUCGAUUUCCGAGUUCUCUUCUCAUUCAAAUUUGGCCUCUGAUUGCUCGGGUUUAGGCUACGGGGUCAUGGAUUAUCGGAGAUGGAGAAGAAAUUUCCGUUUCCAGUUAAAGCUUAAUCCGAGCUUCAGAUUAUUGAUUGAUCCGAAGCUUAGGGUUUCCUGUAAACUUCAGGACAAUCGCACUCCAAGCGAAGGUGAAGAGCCUCCUGAGUCAUUGUUCAUGAAAGAGUUGAAGAGACGAGGCAUGAAUCGUACUUCAUUACUUGAAGAAAGCAAAAAAAGAGUAUAUGAGGAUGACAUGAAAUUCAAGGAAGAAGACAGAGACUCGUCUCGUAAAAAUGCUAUCUCAACGGAAUCUGGAAGCAGUUUAUAUAAUCAGAGAGAGCAGUCUAUGGUUCUGAAUAGUGAAGGCAUUGAGGGCCUAAUUCCGCGUGCUAAGCUUUUGCUUACCCUUGGAGGGACAUUCUUUUUGGGAUUAAUGCCAUUGAUCUUACUAAUCAUUGCAUUUUUCUCUGCUUUGUACCUGUAUUUCGGACCCACAUUUAUCCACGAGGCCAAUACCACCCAUAUCACUCCAUCCAAAUAUAUUGAUCCUUAUGCACUGCUUGAGGAAGAAAGGAUAUCAUAAACUGCCCCUGAUCUAUAUUCAAGAAUUAAACUUCACUUGACAUAUACCGGGUAUAGCUUUCCUUCAAAUGGCAAGUAUAUGUUUCUUUGGCUUAUUAUGUAUGCCCUUGCCUUUUUGUAUAUUUUGUUAGAAACUAGGAAAUCUCUGUUUGAUGCAAGUUUUCCGUCUUGUAAAAUAUGCAUGUUUAUGAAAAGAUGGUGUCGGAGCAAUUCUUUUGUUACUUGAGUGUAGUGUCAUGAUAUAAGACUGGCAAUUU